UAAUUUUGAAACAACGUGGAUUCCACAUUUGGGGUUGGUGACUUUGUUUUGAAUUUCCCACCUUCCUAUUUAUAUAACCCUUUACUUUCAACAUUCCACCAAGGGUAAGAAAUCCACCGCUCCGCCUUCCCUCGCCGUUGCCACCGCCGCCGCCGCCGCCGCUGCAAUCAUGUCUCCUGCUCCAAAGGACGCUCAAAAGCCAUACGUCGCUUACCAAGGCGUUGCCGGCGCCUACUCCGAAGCUGCUGCCGCCAAAGCGUGCCCUAAUUUCGAAACCAUACCCUGCGAUCAAUUCGAAACGGCAUUUGAAUCUGUGGAGAAUCGCAUUGCCGAUCUAGCGAUUCUCCCAAUCGAAAACUCCCUCGGCGGUUCGAUUCAUCGGAAUUACGACCUCCUUCUUCGUCAUAAUCUCCACAUAAUCGGUGAGGUUCUGUUGCCUGUUCAUCAUUGUCUCAUGGCAUUACCAGGAGUUCGAUUAGAAUCCGUACGGAGAGUCAUCUCUCAUCCUCAAGCCCUAGCGCAAUGCGAACAAACUCUGACAAAACUAGGCCUCAACGCCGCAUGUGAAGCCUUCGACGAUACUGCUGGUGCAGCAGAGCAGAUUUCUCUGUACAAUUUGCAGGAUACGGCAGCAAUUGCAAGCGCACGCGCUGCCAAGAUCUACAAACUCGAAAUCCUCGCUAACGGAAUUCAAGAUGAUUCGAGAAAUUUCACGCGAUUUGUGGUCCUAUCGCGAGAUCCGGUAGAUCCGCAAGCGGAUCGGCCAUCUAAGACAAGCGUAGUCUUCGCUCUGGAGAAUGGAACCUCGGCUCUGUUCAAGGCUGUGUCGGCUUUCGAGGCGAGGAAGAUUAACUUGUCGAAGAUCGAGUCGAGGCCGCACAAGAGCUGUCCAAUCCGGCUAGUGGAGACGGUGAAGCGGUUUGAGUAUGUGUUCUUCGCGGAGUUUGAGGCGUCAAUGGCGGAAGUGAGAACUCAAGAAGCCAUGGCGGAGUUGAAGGAAUACAGUUCGUUCUUCAGGGUGCUGGGUUGCUAUCCAAUGGACAUAGCCUCUGAAAGUGCUUCAAACGAAGGGUAAUUCAUCAAACAAUGGAUUAAACUUUUGUAGAACACAUUGGUACUGAAUUUGAAGCUUCUCAUGUUUGUAAUUUGUUCAUCCAUUGAUUUGUUUAUCAAUUAA